UGUGCAGCUGGCACUGCUUUCAUCUUAUUCCUACCUACCUCAGUCCAAGAUAAUUGCCUCGCCCUGCCAACCAUGUUCAAAAAGAAGCCUACAAUCAAAAACUUAGCGCCUCUACGGUCAUCUGACCGGAGGAAAAUUGCGGAUCAGAUCAUCAAGGAAUAUCAAAUCUCCAUCCCCUCAACUUCCGCCGAAGAUCCAGCCUCUACCACCUCCCCAAACCUGACAUCGAUCAGGAAUGCGCUUCUCCCCGAUAAUUCGCUCACCGCCCGUUUCACAACAACCGCCGGUCCUGAUCUUCGAGAGCUCACAGGCGUCGUGUAUGUCGGCGCGCAUCCCGACGGCGAAGAGCGAGUGCUAUGGUUCAAGCUGGAGCAUGGCCCGGGAGCCGACAAGCGACUCUACCCCACCGUCUACACGCUAUGGCAUAACCCGAAUCUGGUCCCUUUGCUCUACACUCCAGGAUUCGUGAUGGGAAAGCUACAUGGCGGGGCUGACCUUAUGACGCCUGGUCUUGCAAACGAACCGCCAUUCCCCGCAAGGGCGGUCAAGGGUGCUGUUGUUGCGGUCGCGAGCGUGGAUAAGCACACUGUGCCUCUUUUUGUGGGAAUCUGUGAAAUCGAUAUCUCGGCGCUGGGGGAGGUGCAAGGUACAAAGGGCUCGGCGGUUCGUGGAUUGCAUUGGGAGGGGGAUGAGCUUUGGGCUUGGAGCUCUUCAUCACGACCGGGCCGUGCAGCUCCGGAAUACCUGGAGGGCUGGGAUGAGGAUAAGACUGAAGAGCUCGAGGAUGGGGUUGAAGCGUUGACAGUUGAGGAAACUGGAGGCACAGAAAAGAUUGAGGAGUCUCCAAGGGAUGAACCUUUUUUAGCAGAGGAGGCUAGCCCCGAAGAGCCGGAGCCAACGACAAAGGAAAUUGAUGAUGCUUUCGUCAAUGCCUUUGUUUAUGCUCUCUACAAGCUGAAACAGGACAAUCCCUCGGCCAACAACCAUGGCCUGUCACUGCCAAUAUCACCCUCAGCUUUAAUAGCUAACCUCACCACUCCUUACCUACCAAUCUAUACUGCUCAGCAGGCCCAGUUUUACAACAUCAAAAAGACAAGCUGGAAAAAUGUCAAAAAGUUCAUCAAGCAUCUGGACAAAACGCAGCUUGUCAAAUCCAAGGACCGCAACGGCCAGGAAACAGUGAUCCUUGAUGUCGACUUUGGUGAUCACCGUGUUGAGCGUUUCGUUCCAUACAGACUACCCUCAAAGAAUUCUCUCGAUAACAGCAAGCCUUCCGCAUCAGAGGGGAAGAAGCCCGCAGCUACCGAUGGCGGUGAUCCAUCAGUGGGACAGACGAUCAGUGUACAAAAUCUCUAUCGGCCAUCAGGAAAGUUGAUCCCAACCAUCUUCCCCGCGCUUUCCGCCAGCAACCCAACCAACUUCUACAAAUACUCCGAUAUCUCUACCCACUUGGAUCAAUACUUGCAAUCGCAAGAUCCUCCAAUCAUCUCUCGGGAAAACCGACGUAUCAUCACCGUCAAUCCUUUCCUCGCCAACACGAUCUUCACCUCGUCUUCCACUGAAGACAAAGGGACGCUUGCACGUGGGAAGGUCACCCGCGACGGUCUUUUGAAGCGUAUCGCUGAAGACAGAACCCUUCUCCAGCCGCAUUACCUCAUUCUGAAAAAUAGCCAAACUAUUGCAGAUGUCAAACCAAAAGCAGGCACUGCUCCGAAGGUCACUGUCACCCUCGAGAAGCGUACAGGCUCGAAGACUGUCACGAAGGUUAUGAACUUGGAAAUCUUUGGUGUGAUCCCUAGUCUUCUAUCACAGGAACUUCAGAAGAAGUGUGCUGGCAGCACUAGCGUGGCGCAGGCUACAGGAGCACCCAAGGGUGUUAUGGAAGUCCUGGUCCAAGGCGAUCAGCGAAAGGCGAUCGAAACAGCCCUUGGACGCCGUGGACUGAAGACUCAGUGGAUAGAAGUGGUUGACAAGACCAAGAAAAAGAAGAACUGAUUUGUUCGAGUAUGAAAACAUAACCCUUGAACAGACGAGAUUA